AUGAAUUCUGAAGAAGUAAAGGUGGUGGGAAAUGCUCCGAGUUCUCCUAAAGUUGAAAAAAAGACAAGAUCAGGUCUGGGUCGCCAAGUUAUGAAUGCCGUCCGCCAACUACAAGGAGCUCAAGGAACAUCUCUCGCAAACAUCAAGUCAUUCCUCGGCAACGUCAGGAAGGUGGAUACGAAGCAAAAGGAUGCCGAAAUCAAGAUGUACUUGAAGAACGCUUUGGAUCGGGGACAACUGAUGAGGCAGGCUGGUAAGUACAGGGUGGCUGCGAAAGCUCAGAAGAAGAGGAGUGGAGGACGCAAAAGACGUUCAGUGAAGGCAUCCCCAAAACGGAAGUCAAGAAAAUCAGCGGUGUCCAAAUCUGCGAAGAAAAUCGGUAAAACAAGAGCCAAGAGAAGCAAGAGGAAAAGCUCUGGCCCAAAGUAA